CCCACAACACCCCUAGCACAAGACAAGCAAGAGCUCGCCGCAGCCGUAAAGCAGAAAGCCACCCACGAUGCAUCGACGGGCCUCUCAGUCCUAGACGUGCUGCGCAUCGCAGGCGGGAUCCUACUGCUGAGCAGCGGGCUAAGCUACCUGAGCACGAGCGGGACGAGCAUGACGUGGGGGUAUAAUCCGUGGUGGACGCGGGCGCGCGAGUGGAAGGCGUUGAUGAACCCACCCCUCCACCUCACAGACGCCGACCUCGCAAAAUACGACGGCACCAACCCAACCCUCCCCAUCUACCUCGCCCUAAACGGCACAAUCUACGACGUAUCCGCCGGCCGCAGCACCUACGGUCCGGGGGGGUCGUACCACUUCUUCGCGGGGCGCGACUCCGCGCGCGCCUUCCUAACAGGUUGUUUCGCGACCGACAUCACGCCGGACCUGCGAGGCGUGGAGGAAAUGUUUAUCCCUGUUGAUCCGGAGACGAAGCCCGAUGCUGCGCCUGAGGUGCUGGAGAAGGCUAGUAAAAGGCGCGUGUUGAGUAGUGGUGAGUUGAAGAAUCGGAGGGCGGUGGAGAUGCGCAGGGCGAGGCAGUUGGCGCGGGAUGGGCUGGAGAAUUGGCAUAGACUGUUUAGGGGGGAUAAGGGGAAGCCGUAUUUUAAGGUGGGGGAGGUGGUUAGGGAGGAGGGGUGGGCGGAUAAGUCGGUGCCGAUGGGGUUGUGUGAACAGGCGGAGAAGGGGAGGCCGGUGAGGAAGUAUGAU